AUGCAUAAGUCAUAUCAAUCAACACUUCCGGCUUCUAAUCGACUUCUUAAAAAGAAAUGGGAUGAUAAAUAUUAUUCUGAACAUCGUCUUUUAGUACGUGAUGCUCGACCAAGUAUUGAUACACGUCCUCCAAGAACUUAUAUGCAUCUUCAUAUGAAAUUAAAAAAACUUCAAUUACAAGAGGAACGUACAGCAAUUGUUGAACGUGAUAAUCGUAUUUUAUUAGAAAAAAUGGCACAUACAAUGAAAACAACUGGUUGUAUUGAUAAUCGUAAUAAUUAUGAAGCAAGAAGUCUUAAUCAAGAAAAACGUCGACGAGAAUUAUUACGUGUUGCAGAAGAAAAUGGAACAUUAGCAAAACGAAUUGUUGAUCGUAAACCUAUCUUAGCUCGAGAAGGUUGGCAAAGAGAUUCGCAACAAAACAAUGCAUAUUUAAAUAAUAUAGCCAAAUAUGAACUCGGUUGGCAUGCUCCCAAAUCGGCUGGUCCUCGACAAGCAUCAGCUGAAAGCACCACAAAAAAAGAACCGGAAAAUCCUCCACCAGAAGAGAAAAAAGAGUCUGAAACUUCUGGUAAACCAACAUCAGCAAAAGGAAGCAAAGAUAAAACAAAGAAAUAA